UGCAGCUGAUAUUUUAGCCUGCAGGAUUGGGUCUGUUCUCCAUUUGUGGUACAAGUGUUUAACUUUUAGGCUGUAAAUGCAGAGCCUGUAACAACCACUUAGAUUGAGAAGGAUCUACAGAGCUGGCACUUUAUCAGCCAUAAUGAAGAGCAUUUUUUUCUUCUCCUGUUUUUUAUAUGCAGCUGAACUAACAGAAGGAGUCAUAAUUAAAGUAGAGGGAUUCGAGGGGAGAAAUGUCUCCUUCCAAUGCUCGCACACACUUGCAUGGAAAAACCAUAAGUAUUUUUGCAAAGAUCCAUGCACACGCAUGGAAGACAUACUGGUUACUGUAGAAUCUGGCAGAAGAGCAGAGUCCGGGAGGAUAACUCUGGUGGACUCUGGGAAUGGAUCUUUCUCUGUGACCUUCAGUCAUCUUCAGCUGUCAGACUCACAGAAAUACCGGUGUGGAGUAGACAGGCCUGGUUUGGACUCAUACAUUGAUGUACAGCUCACAGUAAUGAAAUCUGUUGAAAAUGAGACUGAUAUUUCUUCUACAUUGCCAUAUCCAAAUCCCACCUUGAAGCAGUCCACAACAGGCAACAUCAUUUGUGCUACCAUUGGGGGUGUUAUUCUGAUCUCUGUCUUGAUGAUGGCAGUACGCUUCAAGAAAUCCAGAAGAACAUCAAACAAUAAACUACAGGUUUACACCAACAGAGCAGACACCAGAAAUUCAAAUGAAAGCGAGGUAUGA